AUGGACGAAUACGACGCAGAAGAUCCGAGCCUACUCAUACAGAGCAAAAUCAACUUCCACCUCGCCGUCAAAGAGAUCGAACUCAUACAAGGUCACUUUCUGAGGGCCUAUAUUUCUUGGGAUGGGAACUGGAGGCAGGUGACGCUUGACCUGGACUGGUACAUCGGGAACGGCGAGGGCCGCCUUGUCUGGGGUGCGAAGGAUUUCUCUUGGUCAUCUACCAAGGUCGAACUCGCCAAGGCUGUCUACGGGUGGUGCCCCACGCUGUAUGCAACCUCCAUGGAUUCCCGUGGUCGGGCCCUACGCAGCGCCCUCAACUUAGACCAGUGCAUUGGCAUAGAGAACGGUGCCCUUGUUUGCUCUCCCGACAUGCGAUUCGUGGUGGAGCCGGUGGUUAAUGAACGACAGGCGGUCCUCUAUUUCCAAGUGCGAUCCUAG